AUGAAGCGCCCAUGUGCGAAGAAGCACCUGAAGAAGCCCGCUGCGACCACACGCUGGAAAUGCAAAGCGAGCUUGAGCAGAAGUUCGCUGGAUAGAGAUGGUGUGAAGGAGGAGAUCCGCAAGUGGGCUUCUCAGGUGAGUGGUCAGCUGAUCGAUAUUCGAUUAUCUCAACAUGACAACCGUCCGGAUCAUUACCGGUACACCUGGAAUUGUGCUUCGUGCUUGAACUGCAACUUCCGAGGGGUUGGUACCUACGAUGUCACAUCUGAGGUCUUGGAGCUGAUCGCCACCGACGCGGACAAGCACACGAUGGAUCGUGUGUACGGAGGGCGCAAGGAUUCGCUCUUGGCCGGUCACAAGAUGUUCAUCCAGGAGUACUUGGGACAGAAUACCUCUUAUCGCAUGCAGCAGCUGGUUGAGAUGUUGCGAGAGAAGUUUCCAGACCUCGAGGUCACAGACAAGUUGGAGACAAAGUUGAAGACAUACAUUGACAAUUGGAAGAAGCGGCAUCGCCAGGAUGCCCGCGUGGCCAAGCGUGAGGACUGGGUGACGGCUGAUUUCCAGUGCUUGGUGCGGGAGCUUCCGGCUUUGGAAGAUGCUGUUGUCUCUGACGAGCUGGUGUUGGUGGAUCACAGAAUAGAUGAGCAAUUAUGCCUGGUCUUUGCGUGUCCGAAGCUGGUGCAAGAGACUGCAAAGAGAGUGGCGAAUUGGCAGUGGCUGAAAGUGUGCGCCGAUGGAACGUACAGAAUGGUUCAAGGAGACUAUGUGGUUGUGUCGGCAGGGUUUCUGUCCAAGACCUUUGGCAGACAUGCGCACCCUGGCGAGCCUGAGGAAGGAUUCACGACGCAGUUCAAUGAGUUGGUGCUGGCCAUUGCGCAUAAGGAGAACACAGAAGUGUAUUCGUUGCUCUUCUCUGCUUUGGUGAACGUGGUGGCUCAGUUCGGUGAGGUUGUGCCCCGUUUGCAUUAG